AUGUCGACGGCUCCGGCACCUUCUUCUCCGCCGGCGGCUAACGCCACGGCACCUCCGCCAGCAACCCCAUCCGCACCUCCUCCAGCCACACCUUCUGCACCGCCACCUUCCAACCCACCUCCGGCCACUCCUUCAUCACCGCCUCCGGCGACACCCUCGGCACCUCCCCCGGCGACUCCUUCAUCACCACCUCCUCCGAAGACUCCCUCAUCUCCUCCUCCAGCAACUCCUUCAACUCCUCAGCCAACACCAGCAGCACCGUCGACUUCUCCGCCGGCACCAACCACGCCGUCGCCUCCCGAAGGUGGAAACACUCCUCCCAGUCCACCUUCACGGGGCUCACCGCCCUCUCCAAAAGGCACUGAUCAAAGCCCUACACCUCCUUCCGCCAAAACUCCGCCGUCGCCUCCUUCAUCGUCGUCAAGUAUGAGUACGGGUGUAGUCGUGGGAAUCGCCGUCGGAGCGGUGGCGAUUCUUGUGGUGUUUAGUAUUCUUUGCAUUUGCUGUAGGAAGAAAAAGAGAAGACGUGAUGAAGAAUACUAUGGUCAGCAGCAUCAGCAACCACCACCUCAGGGACCCAAAUUUGAUCCUUAUGGCGGUCCUCCGAAUCAGUGGCAACAUAAUUCUCACCCUCCUUCAGAUCAUGUAGCCUCAAUGAAGCCACCACCACCUCCUGCUGCAAUUCCAUCGCGACCUCCGUCUCAUGUUGCUCCGCCUCCUCCUCCUCCUCUCAUGAGCAGCAGUGGUGGUACAGGCUCAAACUAUUCAGGCGGUGAACUGCUUCCACCUCCAUCUCCAGGCCUUGCAUUUAGUACUGCAAAAAGUACGUUUACAUACGAGGAGUUGGCACGUGCAACGGAUGGCUUCUCUGAUGCUAACCUCCUUGGACAAGGUGGAUUUGGAUAUGUUCAUAGAGGUAUUCUCCCUAAUGGCAAAGAGGUUGCUGUUAAGCAGCUAAAAGCUGGAAGUGGACAAGGAGAACGCGAAUUUCAAGCUGAAGUUGAGAUUAUUAGCCGUGUUCAUCAUAAACAUCUUGUUUCUCUUGUUGGAUACUGCAGCACUGGGUUUCAGAGGCUACUUGUUUAUGAGUUUGUUCCAAACAAUACAUUGGAAUUCCAUUUACACGGAAAUGGACGACCAACUAUGGAUUGGUCAACAAGACUGCGAAUUGCUUUAGGAUCUGCAAAAGGACUUGCUUAUCUUCAUGAAGAUUGUCAUCCUAAGAUCAUUCAUCGUGAUAUUAAAGCUGCUAACAUCCUUCUCGAUUUUAAGUUUGAAGCAAAGGUUGCAGAUUUUGGUCUUGCAAAGAUUGCUUCUGAUCUCAACACUCAUGUUUCUACUCGAGUGAUGGGGACUUUUGGGUAUCUGGCUCCAGAAUAUGCAGCGAGUGGAAAACUUACAGACAAAUCAGAUGUUUUCUCUUAUGGAGUCAUGCUCCUUGAGCUAUUAACUGGACGCCGACCGGUUGAUAAAAAUCAGACUUACAUGGAUGAUAGUUUGGUAGAAUGGGCUAGGCCUUUGCUCAUGCGUGCUUUAGAAGAAAAUAAUUUAGAUUCUCUGAUUGAUCCAAGGCUUCAGAAUGAAUUUGACCCUAGUGAGAUGACUCGUAUGGUAGCAUGCGCUGCAGCUUGCACACGCCACUCAGCAAAGCGUCGACCAAGGAUGAGCCAGGUUGUGCGCGCCUUAGAAGGAGACGUGUCACUAGCAGAUCUUAAUGAAGGAGUAAGACCUGGACACAGCAGUGUCUACAGUUCUCAUGAAAGCUCAGAUUAUGAUACUCAACAAUACAAAGAAGACAUGAUAAAGUUCAGAAAAAUGGCAUUAGGAACUCAGGAGUAUGCUGCAAGCAGUGAGUACAGUGCAGCUACAAGUGAAUAUGGCUUAAACCCGUCUGGCUCAAGCAGCGAAAACCAAAGCCGCCAGACAACAAGGGAAAUGGAAUUAAGAAAGCUGAAGAACAGUCAAGGAUUCAGUGGAAGUUCAUGA